AUGACAGUUAAUCCACACUGUGCUUCUUCAUCGCUCGCUCUCGCUCUUCGCUCUCUUCUCCGAAGAUGUGCACGCGCCGCCGCUCUCCUCCCCGGCAAGCAACUCCACGCCGCCGCCACUGUGACCGGCCUCCUCUCAUCCCCCAAGCACUUCCUCCGCAACGCCCUCCUCCAUCUUUAUGCAGUUUGCGCGUUUCCCUCCCACGCGCGCAAACUGUUCGACGAAAUUCCCCACUCGCACAAGGACUCCGUAGACUACACCGCUCUCCUACGUUGCUGCGCCCCCCGAGAAGGACUCGAAUUGUUCGUCGAAAUGCGCAGAGAGGGCCUGACCGUUGAUGGGGUGGCCAUGGUUUGUGCGUUCAACGCGUGUGCAAGGCUUGGGGAUGUGAAGGUUGGGUCUCAGGUUCAUGUGGGUGUGGUGAAAUUUGGGUUUGGGGAGUAUACUAAGGUUUGCAAUGCUGUGAUGGAUGUGUAUGUUAAGUGUGGGCUUCUGGGUGAGGCAAAAAGGGUGUUUGAACAGAUGAGGGAUCGUAGUGUUGUGUCUUGGACAGUGGUUUUGGAAGGUGUGGUGAAAUGGGAAGGUGUGGAGAGUGGAAGAGUGGUGUUUGAUGGAAUGCCUGAGAGGAAUGAGGUUGCUUGGACUGUUAUGAUUGUGGGUUAUGUUGGAAAUGGGUUUACAAGGGAAGCUUUUUGGCUUCUGAAAGAAAUGGUUUUUGGUUGUGGUUUUGUGUUGAGUCAUGUUACGCUUUGUUCGGUUUUAACAGCUUGUUCUCAGUCUGGUGAUGUGAGUGUGGGUAGGUGGGUUCAUGGUUAUGCUGUUAAAGCAAUGGGGUGGGACAUUGGUGUUAUGGUGGGGACAAGUUUGGUUGACAUGUAUGCAAAGUGUGGUAGGAUAAGUGCUGCGAUGAUGGUGUUUAAGCACAUGUCAAGGAGGAAUGUGGUGGCAUGGAAUGCUAUGCUUGGUGGGUUAGCCAUGCAUGGACUGGCGAAAGUUGUGGUGGACAUGUUUCCUUGCAUGGUGGAAGAAGUGAAACCUGAUGCUGUGACUUUUAUGGCUUUGUUAAGUGCUUGCAGCCAUUCGAGUCUAGUUGAACAGGGUUGGCAGUACUUCAAUGAUCUUGAGUCUGUUUAUGAGAUAAGGCCAGAGAUAGAGCAUUAUGCUUGCAUGGUGGACCUUCUUGGUCGAGCUGGACAUUUGGAAGAAGCUGAGAUUUUGGUGAAGAAGAUGCCAAUUCCUCCAAAUGAAGUUGUUCUGGGAUCUCUUCUGGGUUCUUGUUAUGCACAUGGUAAGCUGCAGCUGGGGGAACAGAUUAUGCAAGAGUUGGUUCAGAUGGAUCCCCUCAACACAGAGUAUCAUGUCCUACUUUCAAACAUGUAUGCAUUGUCUGGAAAAGUAGACAAGGCAAAUUCCCUAAGGCAGGUUCUUAAGAAAAGGGGUAUAAGAAAGGUUCCAGGAAUGAGCUCCAUAUAUGUUGAUGGCCAACUUCAUCAGUUCAGUGCAGGGGAUAAGUCACACCCACGAACUGCAGAGAUUUACAUAAAGCUUGAUGACAUGAUUUGCCGGUUGAGGUUGGCUGGCUAUGUUCCCAACACAACAUGUCAAGUAUUAUUUGGUUGUUCGAGUAGGGAUGAUUGCAUGGAAGCAUUGGAGGAAGUAGAACAGGUAUUGUUCACUCAUAGUGAGAAGUUGGCACUGUGUUUUGGCCUAAUGAGCACAGCAUCAGGUUCUCCCUUAUAUAUUUUCAAGAACUUAAGGAUAUGCCAAGACUGUCAUUCUGCUAUCAAGAUUGCCUCUGACAUAUAUAACCGUGAAAUUGUUGUUAGAGAUCGUUAUCGAUUUCAUAGUUUCAAGCAAGGUUCUUGUUCUUGUUCUGAUUAUUGGUGAGUGAUUCUUUAACCUGAGAGACACUGGUUGGAUGAGGAAAUUGAAGUUUCAUUCAUCAGGACUCAGGAUAAUAACUCAGUUUUACAAUAUGAGGAGGAUGCAUCUUCAACCCAAGUGUUGUUGGGAAAAGAAACUAUGAGUAGCUUUUAGUUUUAGGACUUGUGUACA